CUGAGCCUUGUUUUAGCAGCAGCAGCAGCAGCCAAUCAGAAAUGGACUGAAGAAAAACGUCAGUUGCUGGAGCCACGGAGAGGGAAGGAAGAAUAAAGCUAAAAUGGAGAGAUGCAUGGAUUUGAACCUGGAACCUUCUGCAGCCUCCCCAUGCCAUGACAAAGCAAGUGGCGAGGAGCCAAAGCUCAGACAUGUGGAAAAGGAUGUUUUGAUUCCAAAAUUGAUGAGGGAGAAGGCCAGGGAGCUCUGUUCUGAUAAAGUGCAAGCAUUUACCCAGUGUUGUCAAGAUUCGGGUGUUCUGAUGGUGAUAAAAUGCAGAGAGGAAAACACAGCCCUGAAAGAAUGUCUCACUGGCUACUACUCUGAUCCAUCGUUUUUUGAAGAAUGCAAGGCUGAAUAUUUGAAGCAAAGGGAAGAGUAUAGAGCAAUAGGAAUCCAUUCUGCUGAAAAGCAGAAGAAGCUUUCUACGAGCACGUAGUCAUAUGUUUUCGCUUAGGCUUUUAAACAUGAACUUCGUAUGCCUUUAAAUAAUGGAAUUGAAUAGAUCUACAAUCCCUUUGUUACUAAAAUAAAUAGAGCUUUUAUGCUA